UCAAACAUGGCCGUUCUUGUGGAGCUGAACAUUUCGUGAUGUAAAUAGACCCACAAAACAUGUCAAUAGCUCACUAAUUCGCCUUCAUUUUCACAUCACCGCUGCAUGUGUGGAUUGCUGCUUGUUUUCCCCGUUGGUCAGAAGUGGUGUCAUCGAAUUUGCCUCGAAUUUGGCGGCCUGUGAGGAAGAUUACCGUCGUCGAAAUUUGGUGGGAGUUGCACGACGUACGAGUGCUGUGUUAUCUUUUUUAAAGUUGCCCACUCGUUUUGAAUUUGAUUUUGAUGCUGAGUUCACGUCAAAAUGACUUGACAAGUGUUCACAUGCGCUAAACCCGUUAACAAAAUUGGAACGACUUCAGCAGUUUUAUAAACGGAAUCCCCUUGUGGUUGACCUUAUAUUUGAAAACAACUUGGAACGGAAUCGGCUGUAGACUGCUAGAUUUCUAAACCUCAGAAACCUCGAAGUUUAUUUCGGACUUCGAUUUUUGCUGACUGCUAUUUUCAUUCAAAGUUUACAUCGAUCAUGUCUGUGGAACUUGGAAGUACAAUUGAUUGGUCAUGACUGCAAUAUUAAGAAGUUUAAGAACUACAUGUAAAUAUAAUUUUUAUAUAAUAAGACUGACAUUUUCAACCACAUGACCAGCGUGGUGCACUGCUGCUACUGCUAGUCCUUGCUGUUUUUAAACUUUUGUGCUGUGUUUGGAUAUCUUCAAGUUCAAACGAACGACGUUCUGUGUGUGACUCGUCGUGUACAUUUGAACAGAAGCUACAGAUACUUUUUUAGAAGAAAAUGAUGAAUAUUUUGUCGUCUAUGAUGGCGGAGGAAAACGAACUGUUGAGUGCUUCUGAAAUAAUUAAAGACCGGUUUUAUUUUGCAACACUUCGGACAAAACCUCGGAGCACAAUAAACACCCAUUAUUUUAAUGUUGGGGAAGAACUUGUGUAUGAAAACUUCUAUGCAGACUUUGGGCCAUUGAAUCUAGGACAACUGUACAGAUACUGUUGCAAAGUCAACAAAAAAUUAAAGUCCUUCUCGUUAGCCAAGAAGAAAAUUGUCCACUACACAACCUUUGAUGCUAAGAAACGUGCCAAUGCUGCAUAUCUCGUUGGAGCCUACUCGGUGAUAUAUUUGAAGAAAACACCAGAGGAGGCAUAUCGGCCACUCGUUUGCGGAACAAACCCUCCAUAUCUUGCAUUUAGGGAUGCUUCAUACGGUGCUUGCACGUACAACCUUACUCUCCUUGACUGCCUGAAAGCCACAGAUAAAGCAAUAAUUCACAACUUCCUCAACUUUGAAACCUUCGACGUGGAAGAGUACGAGCACUAUGAGAGAGUGGAAAACGGUGACUUCAACUGGAUCCUACCUGGAAAGUUCCUUGCCUUUAGCGGGCCUCAUCCCAAGAGCAAGAUAGAAAAUGGAUAUCCAUUACAUGCCCCCGAGGCGUACUUCCCGUACUUCCGGAAGAACAACAUCACGACGAUAGUCCGGCUCAACAAGAAGAUCUACGAUGCCAGGCGAUUCACAGAUGCUGGAUUCGAUCACUACGAUCUGUUCUUUAUUGACGGCAGCACACCCAGUGACGCAAUCGUUCAGCAGUUCCUCACGAUAGCGGAGAAUGCUGAGGGCGGUCUUGCUGUGCAUUGUAAAGCUGGCCUUGGAAGGACAGGUACCCUAAUAGGAUGUUACAUGAUGAAGCACUAUCGUAUGACAGCAGCUGAGUGUAUAGCCUGGUUACGGAUAACCAGACCAGGAUCCGUCAUCGGACCCCAGCAACACUUCAUGGAGGAGAAGCAAGCCAGUAUGUGGGUUCAAGGAGAUAUAUCCCGAUCCAAGACCAGGAAGGGUCAGAUGAACUACAAGCAAGGGGUGUCACACAUCCUCAGGGCUGUGGAUGACAUAUCAAUCACAGACAACGACCACUCAUAUGAGGAGCGAAAUGAUGAGAGUUACUCCCUGCGAUCCAAGACGCACACCUCCGGUGCGCUGACACAAGGAGACAAACUGCGACAGCUGAAAGUGUCCAGAAAAGUCCGGUCGGCUACAACAGGAGCGUUGAAGAUGGAUGAUGCUAAGAUUCAUACAAGAUCGACAACCCAACCUCACAGCAAUCAAGCUCUUCGUAAUUUCUUGAGGACAAAAGCAACGGGCAAAAAGAUCACGUCUUCAACCUCAAGUCCAGUAGCAAGCUCCCCAUUGAAGAGCACCAAGGUAGCAUCAGCCGCUAGCCAUAGUGCAGCACCAAGAAGAAGCACGAGACAUUCCGCUGCUACCAGCUCACCCCUCAAAAGCACGACUAGGAUUAACAAAGAGUAUAGCACAGGGCAUAACACGGGUGACUACUCGUUGCCAACUUCACUGAAAUACCACCCACGAACUACACCAAUGAUUCAACAGUUGUAUGCAGAACAUGAUAAAAUGUACAGGUUCGAUGACAGUAGGCGCCGUACCGGUCAACGUAUGCAUUCUACUAGGUCAUCUUUACCCCACUAGCACCUACUCAACUGACGUCAACUGACCUCUGAAGACUCCCAUGACAUUCAUCCAAAGUAACAUCCCACAGCAGAUCUAGAGUGAGACAAGUUGGUGUCAAAGCAGCAAGUUGGUUGAUGAGAGUGACGAAGGUUGAUGAUUUGAAAUAGGAUGCCAAGGAGUAUUUAGUAAGGUCAUAUGGUCGAAGGUCAUACCUUGAAGGUCCCCUCUAGGGUCAUCCCUGUAAGGUCGUCCCUGUUGGGUAAUUCCUUAUAGGGUCAUACUCUGUAGGGCCAUACCUUGUAGGGUCGUCCCUGUUGGGUCAUCCCUGUAAGAUCAUUGACUGAAGGGUCAUACCCUGUAGGGUAACAAACUCUAAGGUUAAUGCUGUUUUGGGUCAUCCCUGUAGGGUCAUACCCUGUAGGGUCAUACCCUCAAAAGUCAGUAAGCAACAAUGUGGAUUUGACAGACGACUUUAUCAAUGUACACUCUUGUUUUGACAAGUCUUUGAUAAGUAAACAUGACCUUUUGAUAUGACCUCUCUAGCUGAAUGACCUCAUUUCAAUGCAGUGGGAUGAUAUGACAUGGAAAGUCAGUGAGGAGUCUGGUAAAGAAAAACCUUUGCCGACAUAAUCUCAGGAUGAUUUAGGGAAGACUUGAGGCUCAUCAACAAACCACACAUAAAUAAUAAAAAAGUGAUUCUGAAAUCUUAACGCAGUAGACAAGUUUGCACAUUGUAUUCAAGUCAGACCAAAUGAAUUAAUGGCAUCUUUUUUUAAAAAUAGGUUGGAAACAGACGGCGAGUUAAGGAUCUGUUUUUAUUUUACAAAUAAUUAGAGUUUGAUGUUUGAUAAAACAAUAAUAAAAUAAAUUAGUAUUUGAUGUCUUAUUUUAAUCUUUUUUUAAAAGUGGGAUUAACUGCAAGCAGGAUAGUUGAUUUUGUCAAUUUGAAUUUUUGAAGUCCAUAAAAUAGCUUUAGUUUAAAACUGUCAAUUUUAACAUGACAACAUUUAACCAUGUGAUAAACAUAUAUAAGCUUCUUUGAAAACUAAAGCUGUAUUUUUUCAAAUAGUGUGUCACAUAGUUGUAGAUAUUGGACUCUUUUUUGGAGAAACUUUUUCUAUGUUUCUUUUUGUUUAAUAGCACAAGUGACAAAGUCUUUACUUUAUUAAAAAAAAACAAUAAUAACUUUGAUAUUCAAUCACUGUACUUUUCUAUUUUUAUGAAUGCAUUUAUCCCUUGAUAAUGAAGAUUGAAUAUUUUCUUAGCAAUAUAUUUACUGGUAUGAAAGCUCGGUUAGAUAACAGUUUGUUUUGUUGUUUUUUAGUUGUUGUUUUUUUGUGGG